AUGAAGUACGUGUUGGUGACGGGAGGAGUGGUGAGUGGGCUGGGUAAAGGCGUCACUGCCAGCAGCAUCGGCCUUAUCCUAAAGGCCUGUGGCCUUCGCGUUACUUCCAUCAAGAUUGGUACGUUUCUUCUGUCUUCUUCUUCUGCAAUCUCCGGACGGAAACUGAUUUUGUUGUUUUGGCAUUCAGAUCCUUAUUUGAAUACGGAUGCUGGAACUAUGUCUCCUUUUGAACACGGAGAAGUGUUUGUUCUCGAUGAUGGUGGGGAGUCUGUAAUCGACAAGGAGAGGAGGGGAGAUUAUUUAGGGCAAACAGUUCAGGUUGUGCCUCACAUAACUGAUGCCAUCCAAGAGUGGAUUGAACGUGUUGCUGCUAUACCAGUGGAUGGGAAAGAGGGCCCAGCUGAUGUUUGUGUUAUAGAGUUGGGUGGGACUAUUGGGGAUAUUGAGUCGAUGCCCUUCAUCGAGGCUCUUGGACAAUUUUCAUAUCGAGUUGGUGCUGGAAAUUUUUGUUUAAUACAUGUCAGUUUAGUGCCUGUUGUAACUGUUGUUGGUGAGCAGAAAACAAAGCCAACUCAACACAGUGUUAGGGGACUUCGAAGCUUGGGUCUGACACCAAAUAUUUUAGCGUGCCGCAGCACAGUGGAACUUGAGGGAAAUGUCAAAGAAAAGCUUUCUCGUUUUUGCCAUGUUCAGAUAGAUAAUAUAAUCACACUCUAUGACGUUUCCAACAUCUGGCAUGUGCCUUUGCUUUUGAGAGACCAGAAGGCCCAUGAGGCAAUUUUGAAGGUCCUGAACCUCAAUAGUCAUGCUGGGAAACCUGCUCUCGAAGAAUGGACAUCUAGGGCAGAUCUAUGUGAUCUGUUGAACGAGCCUGUUAGAAUUGCCAUGGUUGGUAAAUACACGGGACUUGCAGAUUCUUAUCUCUCUGUGCUGAAGGCUCUUCUGCAUGCUUCUGUUGCGUGCCAUAGAAAAUUAUGCAUAGAUUGGGUUCCCGCAAGUGAUCUUGAAGAUGCUACUGCAGAAGAGAAUCCUGUUUCUUAUGAAAAUGCUUGGAAAUUGUUGAAGGGGGCAGAUGGAAUAUUAGUUCCUGGAGGUUUUGGUGACAGAGGAGUGGAGGGUAAAAUCCUGGCUGCAAAGUAUGCCCGUGAAAACAAGGUUCCGUAUCUUGGGAUAUGUCUGGGAAUGCAAACUGCAGUAAUUGAAUUUGCUCGGUCUGUCCUUGGACUACAUGAUGCAAACAGUACAGAAUUUGCUCCAAACACACAACACCCUUGUGUUAUUUUCAUGCCAGAGGGUUCAAAAACGCAUAUGGGAGGCACUAUGCGUCUAGGAUCAAGGAGGACAUACUUCCAUUGUACUUCGAGUAAAUCGGCAAAGUUAUACGGAAAUAGGAUUUCUAUUGAUGAGAGACAUCGACACAGAUAUGAGGUGAAUCCUGAUAUGGUUCAGCGACUUGAACAUGCUGGUCUCUCUUUCACUGGGAAAGAUGAAAGCGGACGUCGCAUGGAGAUAGUUGAGCUGCCUAGUCAUCCUUACUUUAUCGGAGCUCAAUUUCAUCCUGAGUUCAAAUCACGACCAGGAAAACCCUCCGCCCUUUUCUUAGGACUUGUAGCUGCAGCUUCCGGCCAGCUGGAUGCUUUGUUGAAGAAAAGUGCAACAAAAACAUGCAGGAUGAGCAAUGGUUCCUCGACAAUAAAGGCACACCUCUAUGAGAAUGCAACUAAGAUAGCAACUAAUGGAUCUUACUGCAAUGGGAAUGGUUUACAUGCUUGAGCGAUUUGAUCUAUUGGAUUUUCUCUAGCCGGGUUUGAGUUGAUCAUUGUUUUUCUUGCAGCAACAGUUUUAUGUGUAAAGACACAGUGGAGAGAGUUUGUAGGUUCUAUGGGUAAUUCACAUGCUGAAUUCCGGUCUUUUAAACGGAAAGAAAUCGUCGAUUGCAACAGAAAUAGUGCGAGUAGAAGAAUAUUGUUGCACUUUGUUUUGCUAACUUUUUGUGUUUCGAUUUUCCCCCCUCAACUCUAGUUUUGACUAUUGCUGCGCUGAGGCUUGCUCUCAGUGUGUAUGAACCAAGUAAUGCAUUUUGUUUUGUUGUAACCAUUCAAAAUGCUAGAUCAUGGUAUACUGUAGACCGAAUUGCAGGCUUGAAUUAAUCAGUUUGGAUGAUGAUUUUCCAGCGCAAUUCACGCAGUUUAUUAUUUUAUUUGAGUUUAUGAGGUAGAUUUGUAGGUAACUUGUGCCAGAUUACAGCAAAAAA